AUCCCCUACUCGCCACCGCAUCCCCACACGUAAAAAGUCUUGUGCACUAAGUAAGCUCCGCCAAAUAAAACUUAUCAAACGUGGAUGCAGGGAUGGGAUAUAGGCAUGUGUGUUGUAUUGUAUACUUGUAUUGCGAUAAUUUUUUAAAAAUCCAUCCCCGAUAAGUGAAUUCCUCUCGUCCAACCAUCCGAAACACAGCAGUCCGGCGGUUCGGGUAGAGUGGUUCCCGUUUGGAGUGCUGCUGACUCACCACCUCUGAUCCAGUCCAAACUCAGCUCACUCCCACAAUUUUGCUUUUCCACCCGCGGUUGGACUCUUUGACUGACUAAUGAAAAUUUCUCCUUUCAUCAUCAUCUACGUCCAAGAUCCCAGACUCCCGAUUCCCUAACUCGACACAGGUCAAUCAUGGCCUGGUUUCGGACCCUGACCCGAUUUUCCGCCACCGCCAAAUCGUGGCCGCCUCCGCCGGUCAGAACCAUACCCACCGCCGGAGGAGCCUCCCCGUCUCUGCUCCUGACUUCGCUUCGGUACUUCAGCACAGGCGCCGCCGUCGACAAUCGCCCUCCGGCCCGCUGCGGAGACUUGGAGCCCACCAGAGGCGGCGAGAAGCCGAGGGUGGUGGUGCUGGGAUCCGGAUGGGCCGGCUGCCGGCUGAUGAAGGGAAUCGAUACCAACAUCUACGACGUCGUAUGCGUUUCGCCGAGGAAUCACAUGGUCUUCACGCCCCUCCUGGCCUCCACUUGCGUCGGGACGCUGGAGUUCAGGUCGGUUGCCGAGCCUGUGGGUCGGAUCCAACCCGCCAUUUCGACGGAGCCCGGUUCCUAUUUCUUUCUCUCCAAUUGCAAGGGGAUCGACGCUGAGAAUCGCCGGGUGCACUGCGAGACUGUGACUGAUGGACCAAACACACCGGACCCAUGGAAGUUCAACCUAUCGUAUGACAAAUUGGUAAUUGCCUUGGGAGCUGAGGCCUUGACGUUUGGCAUCCGUGGCGUGAAUGAACAUGCGAUUUUCCUCAGAGAAGUUCAUCAUGCUCAGGAGAUAAGGAGGAGGCUGCUCCUGAAUUUGAUGCUCUCUGAUGUCCCAGGCACUACGGAGCAAGAAAAGAGCAGGUUGCUGCAUUGUGUUGUUGUUGGUGGUGGCCCUACGGGAGUUGAAUUCAGUGGAGAGCUUAGUGAUUUUAUCACCAAGGAUGUUCGCCAAAGGCACGCCCACGUCAAGGAUUACAUCCGUGUUACUUUGAUUGAGGCGAAUGAGAUUUUGUCUUCCUUUGAUGAUCGUCUGCGCCAGUAUGCUACCAAACAAUUGACUAAGUCAGGGGUUCGGCUUGUUCGUGGGAUAGUCAAGGAUGUUGAAUCUCACAAAAUAGUUCUUGAUAAUGGAACAGAGGUCCCUUACGGUUUACUGGUUUGGUCCACGGGCGUUGGCCCUUCAUCUCUUGUCAAAUCUCUUGACCUGCCUAAAUCUCCUGGUGGAAGAAUAGGGAUUGAUGAGUGGCUGCGGGUGGCCAAUGUGCCGGAUGUGUUUGCAAUUGGUGACUGUAGUGGGUUUGUCGAGAGCACCGGUAAACCAGUCCUACCCGCUUUAGCCCAGGUUGCAGAGCGGCAAGGAAAAUAUCUUGCUGGUUUACUGAAUCGAAUUGGCAAAGCUGGAGGAGGACGUGCAAACAGUGGAGCGGAAUUAGACCUUGGUGACCCAUUUGUGUACAAACAUAUGGGAAGCAUGGCUACUCUUGGGCGGUACAAGGCUCUCGUGGAUCUUAGAAAGAGCAAAGAGGGCAAAGGGAUAUCCCUGGCGGGUUUCUUAAGCUGGUUUAUAUGGCGGUCAGCAUAUCUUACACGAGUUGUAAGCUGGAGGAACCGGUUCUACGUUGCUGUUAACUGGCUUACAACGAUGGUGUUUGGUCGGGAUAUCAGCAGAAUAUGAAAGGUAGAGUUUGCUAGACUCUCUUGGAUUUGGUAAAUUGGUGGUGAUAACAUCGACAUUUACUUCUUUUGCAUGUUUCUGCAACUUGUUUUCCACCUCGAGGCAGCCCCAAGUACAGGCACUGCAUAAUAUCUAAUUCCACGCGAGGCUGUUCCUAUGCUCCUUGUCUAAAGCUUGUUCUGCCCUUGGUGAUUAUUCGAGGUACAAAUUUACUCUCUGUUUCUCAAACAAAGAAGGAUGUACAGUAAAACCUCAUUCCUAUAAAAACAAACAUGUGAUGUACAUUCCCGGUGCUUUUGGCUUUAGCCUUUAGUUACCCUGUUCAUACUGCUUUACUUCAGUACAGAUGACACUGCAUUGUAAAAUUGGACACAAUUGGCCUCGUCACUUUCUGCAUCAAAUUGUCUCAAAAAGUCAAAACCAUCAGAAGCUUGUUCUUGGACGUGCACACAGCAGAGUUGCCUCUUUUAGUAAACGCUUUCCCCCAUCUGGCCUCCUUCAGCUCCAUGGAAAACCUAGCAUUUUCAUAACCAUUUUGAAAUAGGAUCGAUGUACAGGCCAACAAAAAGUUGAAUGGUACUCUUCCAUAAGCUAAAACGUUUUAGCCUGUUGGUGGUCACCGCUCGUUUGAAACAGAGUCAACGUCAAAACCGAGAGAAAAGCCAAUAUUUCUCAUGUUAGAAACUGAUCUGAACCCAUAUUGUCAACCAUGGAAAAAAUUCCAGAAUGUACUAGUUAUUAAAAAAAAAUUCCCAAAAUACAGUACUAAUGAAAAUAUUUUCCAAAAUACAGCAGU